UUUAACUGAAUGAGUACAAAAAAAGUUAACUGAACAGUAGUAAAAGAUUUUGCUGUUUCAAGUAGAAUGGAACCAAAAGAUGAACUGGAUGUCUCUGCCAUGUUUCAAAAGAUGGGAUCCAAAUUGGGAUGGUUUCAGUAUAAAGACUUGGAUUCAGCUCUUCAUACACUUUCCAACAGUACAAAAAAGAAGUCAAACAAAUCUAGAAGAAGACAAGAAUCAGCGGAAGAUGCUCUGUCAAAGUCUUCACACAAUGAAAAGAAAAAUAUGAAAACAAGAAAGAGAAAAGAAAUGGGUAAAACUAAGCUUUCAUUCAGCUCAGAAUCACCGUUAAAAGAUAUAAAAGGCAAUUCCUUGGAAGAUAAUGUUCCCUUGUCAGACUGUAGAGACGAUUUCCAAAUUCCUCUCCGUCGCACACCAGGCGCAACUGAUUUAACAAGAAAAAGCCGGAAAAGCAAAAAUGAUAAAGAAAACAAAGAUCAAAAUCCUGUGUUUGAAAAAGAUGAAAAAAUGAAGCAAUCUUCUGAGAAUUCAAAAAUUUUACAGAAUAGUGUGGAAACAAAUACAAAUGAUCAAUCCUAUCACAAAAAUUGUAACAGUUCACCUGAAUCUGACUUUUUGGAUUUAGGGGUUCCAGUCCAGGAAUCCACACGGAUCCACAGUAGGGCAAGUAUUGACACAAUGUUAGAUAUUCCUGAUGUUUCACUGGGAUUGUUUCAACAGGAAAAUUUAUCAGAUCAGAUUUAUUCUUCUAAAAAUCAUUCCUAUAAAGAUCUAAAUAUAAUAAAAUCUGGAAAGAAAAGAGUUUCUAUUGGACAUUUUCAGCAAAUUAUUUACAGAGAACAGACAGAAAACAAUACAAACUUGUGUUCAAAAUUACAAAAUUUAGAUUUGUCAAAUAACUCAGAAGAGGAACAAGCAUCUACUUCCAAUCAGACAGAUUUAUAUACAACUGCUAUGAGUAAAAAGUUCAUUGAAGUUGACAAUACAAAGGGUUUGAAUUCAAUAGAGAAAUCAAGAAAGUCCGUUUAUUUUGAUGCUAGAACUGGAGACAGUUCAUCUUCAAGUUCAAGUUUUACAGAGUUGUCUCCACCUGAUAAUAAACAGUUUAUAAGUUUUAAUAGCUCAAAUUCAUCUUCAAAUAAUCACAACAAAAGAUCAGAUAGCGAAGAACAUUCAUCAUUUGAAGUUGCAGACAUUUCAAUUCAAACAAGUAGAAAUAUAUCUCGGUCAAAAUUGGAAAAGAUACAGAAAAAUGAAAGUGGUUGUUCAGGUAGUGACAGUUCUGAUUUUGUUGAGGUUCAUGAUGUAUCGUUGCAAACAAGUAUAAAUGAUAAUUGUUCUUCCAAGAAAUAUGACGAAAAUUCCUCGGAAAGAAAUAGUUCUGGUCAGGAUAGUAAUACCAGUUGUUCAUUUGUUGAAGUUCAAGACAUUUCAUCCCAGGUUGAUGUAAAAUCUUCUGAUGACAUACCAGAAAGAAGUUUGCCUUCACAGGAUAAAAGUGGCAGUCUGUCAUCCAGAACUAAUUCGAAAAAUAAAACAAUAUUCUUUGAUGCAGAAAGUGAUUUUGAAGAAAUCAGCAUUAAUGAUGAAAAAGUUACAUUAAAAGACAAGCAAGAAACGAGUAGAAACAUAAUUUCUUCUGGUUCCUAUAACUUCAGUUCUGAUGACGAUAGUGAAAAAAAUUGUCAAGAAAAACCAAAGAAACACCAAUCUGUUGGUAGUAUAUUUAGUUCAGAUGAGGAGGAAGAAUUGGUUAAAAUCACAAAUAUAAACAAUGAGAAAGUGAGAAAAAGCAAAAACUGUUGUGAACAGGAGCAAGCAGUUUUGAGUUUGAUAUCUUUUGUAAUUGUGGUUUCAGGUCCUGUAGACAACCAAUCAGAGCUAACCAAUGAAACAAGUGCUCACAGCCAAGAACAACAAGGAAGUAAAAUAGAUGAUAUACUGAGUGAUUCUGAGGAUGAUUGUUUUAAGAAUGCUGUGGAAAAUGAAAGUAAAACUAAUUGGAGGAGUAAAAAGAAGUACGAAAGUGAUUCUAGUAGUGAGGAUCAGCUUGAAGAUUUUUUUCAGAAAAUGAAAGGUAAAAAGCCUGAACCAGUGACAAAGGAAGAGGAAUCUGAUGACAGCAUUGGCAGUUUUAUAGUAGAUGAUUUUGAAGUUACAAGUAGUGAAGAUAAUAGCGAUGAAGAAUAUCUGCCUGAUGUGUUAAAUGAUAGCAGUGAUGAAAGUGAUGAUGAUUUGUAUACUACAUCCCUCCCUGACCCUGCUAAGAAAAGCAAGAAAGUGAAUUCAAUAGAAAUUUUAAGUUCAGAUACAGAUGAAGAGCUUCCAACUAUUGAGAAACCUAAGCCAAAGAGACAACCAAUCAAAACUCCUAAAAGAGCAGAUAUAUUCAAAACUCCUAAAAGAGAAGAUGUGUUCAAAACUCCUAAAAGAGAAGAUGUAUUCAAAACUCCUAAAAGAGAAGAUGUAUCAAGUAAAAUAAACAGAGGCAACAUUCCAGUGAAGAAGUUCUCUUUCCUUAAAUCUCUGAGUAGCAGUAUACCUGUUGAACUACGUGACCCAGAUGCACUCAGAUAUGUUAAUGGUUUUGCAAAGACUAAAGAGGACUUAACAGCUAAGCUGUUUAAGUUUUAUAAUGAGACAGUAUUUGAUUGUAAGCUUCCAACAAACCUAAAUAUAAUAUGGAACAAGAGAUUGUUAAAGACAGCAGGGUAUUGUGUGAAUAAGACAAACUGUGAAGCAGUCAAAAUUUGCCAGAUAGAGUUGUCCAUUAAAGUGUGUGAUUCAGCAGAGAGAACUAGAGAUACAUUAAUACAUGAACUGUGCCAUGCUGCAGUAUGGGUAUUAAAUGGUGUAAAGGAUGGACAUGGUCCUUAUUGGAAGUACUGGGCAAGUAAAGCCAAUAAGGUUCAUCCAGAGAUUGCAGUAGUUACACGUUGCCAUAGUUACAAAAUACAAACAAAAUAUAAAUACCAAUGUGUAGAUUGUAAAUAUGAAGUUGGUAGACAUUCCAAAUCACUAGAUACAAAGAGAUUUGUUUGUGGAAAAUGUAAAGGAGCUUUUGUAUUACUUGAUAAAUCUGGUAAACCUGCCAACCAAGCUACAAAUAAAGAUGGUACAGCAAAGACACCUAAUAAAUUUGCUUUGUUUGUCAAAGAGAAUUAUAAAGAGAUCAAGAAACAGGACAAGUCUAUGAAGCAUGGUGAAGUUAUGAGUGUUUUGAGUAAAGAAUUUGCAAAGCAGAAGUUAUCAUAAUAUGUUAUCUGUGUAAUAUUUUACUUGAUCUCAGGAUACAAAGGAUGUCUUUCAAGAACGGCGGCAUUUUUUAUAUAACUUCAUUUUGAUAAAUAUUUACAAUUUAAGAGAAAAACUGAUUUUUAUGAUAUAUUUUUUGGGGAAUUUUUUGUGAAUGUAUUGUAGAAUAAAUGAACUAAUACUGGUUGUAAGUAUACAUGUGUAAUAGUAUGAUUUGUUAGUCCAGGGUUUGAUUAUAUAGAUAUCCUUCCUUUUUUUAGUACUUCAUGUUAUUUAAAAUUCCUAAUUGCUGUUUCUUAACAUUGGCACUCAGAAGAAAGAGCAAAAGACUGAUUGGCUCUUAGUCAGGUGGAGUGAUUUGGGUUUUUUUUUUUUGCUGACUGUUUCUUUGUAAGCUAGUAUGUUAAGAUGCCCAAUCAGCACAUGGGUCUAGUUCAAAGCAGAGUUCAUUGAUAUCACAUUAACAUGAUAUGCUGAAUAUGCAUGUAAUAACACUUUAACAUACCUGUCAAUCUCUAUUAUGUUAAUAGUUCUCACCUAUGGUGCUG